CCGCCCCCUGACAGACGAACAACAAAAAUGGAGUUAUGAACUAGUAGCGAGUUAGCCACACCAAGAGGAGCUCGCCUUCGAAAUAUCUGCGCAAUUACACGAGUGGUUACUUAUCCAGUUGAUUAAAGAGACGUGAUGUGAUCCUAUCGCGCGUCGUUUGUGUUUCCUAACAGCACCAAGAGGCCGUCGAGCCGGUGAACAAGCCGGUAUUCUUGGUUGCGACCACGACAACAAGGCUUAUCAGCUAGCUAGCAGAACCAGGAGCAUUAACGAAGAGGAGCGUGACUCGUACAGAAAUGGAGAAGGGAGAGUUCUUGAAGGGACUGCCCGUGUACAACAAAAACAACUUCAGCAGGUUCCACUCAGACUCCGUGUGUAAAGCAUCAAACCGCAGACCCUCGGUGUAUCUGCCAACUCGGGAAUAUCCAUCCGAGCAGAUCAUAGUCACAGAGAAGACAAACAUCCUGCUGCGAUAUCUUCAUCAGCAGUGCGACAAAAAGAAUGCAGCUAAAAAGCGAGAACAGGAACAAGCGGAGGGGGAGAACACGGCGCCUCCGCGGAAAAUCGCCAGGACAGACAGCCGGGAGCAAAAUGAUGAUGCAUAAAUUGCUGUGCUAUCAGUGUACUCCUGGUAGAGACUGACCUAACUAAAAACACAAAGGCACACACAGAUGUGGAGUUUACGUUUCAGAACCUUGACACUGACGCUCGCACGAUUCAACAGAUUUUAGACCGUGACCACCAGGCUGUCACGCUGGUCUUAAGGUUUGCAUUUCACUCCAGAUGUCCUCCUUAACCAAAAACCUUUUACCCACAGUUUACUACUGCUUUUAAAGCAUUUCCUUUACUUCCAAGACGCCACAUCUCUGCCUCAGAGUUUUUAGUAUUUGUGGUCCUGAAAAGUCCAUAUGUCUACCUCCUUAUUCCACAAUCCCUUUGGGUUCCAUUCACGCAGUUUUCUUUUAAAUAUGCGACGGACAGGGCUGCUGCUCCUCUGCUGCCAUUUAAAAGUUUACAUUUGCAGUAAUUCAUUCAGUCUCUGACAUUUGCAUGUUUUGCGGCAUGUCAUGUUUCGUGAUUCCUGCCCCAUCAAGAUUUUUUUUUUUUUUAGUUUUAACUUAGGUAAUGACAGUUGUCUGUUAAAUGUUCUUCUUAUGUGAUUUCUGUCACAGUAAAGCUGCAUUGUAUUAGUGGCUUAGACUGAAUUACAGAUUCAGGGUUUGUUAGGGGCUGUGUUGCAAAAAAAAAAAAAAAAAGACACGAGUGCUCACAGAGACGUUUGUUUUUUCCUGAUGAAUAAUGAUUUCUUGCCUUAAAAGAAGCGAGUGUUUCCAGUGUGUCUCUGAAAGCCAACGGCUUUGUUUCAGGAAGAUGAAUUACUGUUGAGUUGAAUGGAUAUUUACCUAAGCUAACUCUCACACUAAAGGAUGCAAAUUAUUAUUUUUUUUUUUUUACAGAGACCUGCAGACUUUGUAGCCAUAUUCUCCGUUUGAUGCUCAGUACUUAUACCAGAGUACUAUAAGCAGUGAUUGUGUUGUUGUAGUGGCAAGACUACCACAAUAUCUUAUAGAACAGGUAUGUGUUCAUGAACACUUUAGACGUACUAAUGUGCAGGCUACACCUAAGGACUGCUGUCAGUCCUUGCUAUAAAUUUGCCAUUCAAAUUUGCCUGAAGAGGCCGGCCAUAUGAAUCAUACCGAGGGAAUGUGCGUUCGAUUUAGCUGUUGACAACCCAGUUGAGUACACGCAGUGUGUUUGCUGCAUGUCAAGCGUGAAGCUCUUUAUAACGCUCCGCAUAUCUUGUAUAUUUGUACAGUGUGCAUAUUGUGAUCGCCCUGACCUUUUCAUCAGGUAACAAGACGAAGAUUCUAGUCUUGUUUUUCCCCCCAAGUGAGCCAUAUCGUUAUUUCACUUUGUUUAGCCAACUUUUCUCGUAACGCUGGAGGGAUACUAGCCUGGGUUUGGUCAAAAGGAUUUUGAUUUAAUUUGCUGCGGCCUGGAUAUUUGCACCUUUGAUAGUAACCUGCUGAUGUAUUUGGCCCAGAUGAGAACUGAGUCAAUUAAUGUGCAUUUGUCACAAAUUGUAAGUUUCCAAUUUUGUGUUCAGCAUGUGUUCACACUGGCUCCUUAUCCAACUUGAAACAAGGGAAGCACACAUUAUAAACUUCUCAAAUGUGACUUUAAAUCAGAGGCAUCCAGUGUUUUUUUUUUUUUCUGGCUCUUCAUAGAAGAGUGUGCAAUUUGUACUUUUGUUAUAUGGUUAGUGUCCCAUCAUCUGAUGAAGUUUGGACUGUGUUUAAUUGGUUUUGAGUUUAUUGUACAAAUGUGGUUUGUUCCUGUAUAGAUUCAACUGUAACAUACAGUAAAUAACUAAGUAAACUGCAA